AAGAGCUCCGUCUUCCUCAAUCCACUGAUGUGCCCUCUUUGAUGCUUUCUCUCUACCAUGGGGCUCCGUCACCGGAAGAUUCUCGAAGAAAUCUGCUAUCUUUACUGCAACAUGAAAGAUUCCCCUCCUUGUUUACCCUCCAAUUGCAAGUCUUGCCGAGUCCAGUGCUCCAUCGAGCCUCCGAUUUACUACCCCCCACCUACUCCCGUGGCCGUCGAUGACGAUGUCGAUUACGAUGAUCUCCACAAAAUCCACCACAAGAUCUCCACCUGGUUGACCGUCGUUAUCGCUGUUCUCGCCGCCGCUUUCUUCGCCCUCCUCUGCUUCGCCGUCUACCGGAGAUUCCUCUCCGGCUGGUUCAGGAGAAGGAAUUCAGAGACGGAGGAAGAUCAGCGGGGGGAUUUUCUCGAUGAGGAACAGGGCCCUGUGGUUGACCAUCCCAUAUGGUAUAUUCGAACCCCUGGUCUUCAGCAAUCGAUCAUUUCUGCGAUUACCGUGUGUAAAUAUAAGAAAGGGGAAGGGUUGAUUGAAGGAACAGAGUGCUCUGUUUGUUUGAGUGAGUUUGAAGAAGACGAGAAUCUCAGGCUUUUGCCCAAGUGUAAUCACGCUUUUCAUCUCCCCUGUAUUGAUACCUGGCUUCGAUCUCACACCAACUGUCCCAUGUGCCGAGCUCCGAUUGUUACAAACCCCGCCACGGUUUUCGCCUCGCCGGAGCCAAAUGUUGUUGCUUCGACUGAUUCAGAAGAACGCCAGAUGGAAACAGUUGAAAAUGGAAGUGAAAAUAGUGGGGUUGUGGAGAACAGUGAUGGUGAAUUGAGAACUAGAGAUGAGGAAGAAGGAGGAGGGGGAAGGAGAGAAACUGCAGAUGAAGAGGAAGUGGGGAAUUUGCAGCCAAGAAGAAGAUCUGUGUCUCUGGAUUCUUCAGCUGUAGAGAAGAUCAAUCGUGUUCUUGCUAUUACUAAUACUGCUGUAUCUUCAGUAGGAUCAUCUUCAUCUUCCUCAAAGAGGGUUUCCAAAAGUGGUUCUUCUUCCUUCAGGAUGAAGUCUCUUCAGAUUGUUGCAGGCACUUCAAUGAAGAGAUCUCGUUCCUACAACGGGAAACUUGUACAUUCUUGGUACAGUCGAAGCCAGAGGAAGCCAAGUGUUCCUAUUAGAAGCUUUUGAUGAUUUUGGCCUUCCAUGUCAGGUAUAGUUCCUCGCAGCACAUGCUUGGAAUGAGAGAGAAAUGAAACAAAAGCGGACAGAAUUACAGAAAUGUUUUAUUUUUCGUUGUUGAUGUUCCUCAAUCCAGACAUGUACCGAGAAACUGAAAUGUCUGUGUUAAAACUCUCAACAAGAUGAGAGAUUUAAAGUUGUAAGCUUAUUCCUUGUCGCAUCAAGUUAAGCCCGUAUGAUGGCUGAAGUGUAUAAUAGCAGAAACCAAAAGUUACUCAUACAAGUGAGGUUUAUAAUACCGUUGCCAAAUUUUGUUUCAUGGAGCUGUGUUUAAAUUUAUGAUAUAAUUCCAUGAUUAUCU